AUGGCACCCAAAUCCUCAAAGCAGUCCUCCGGCUGCUGCGCCGGCGGUCUAGGCGGCUGGCUCAAGUUCUUCGCCAUUCUGCUGGGUGUGCUAACGCCCGUUUACUACCUGCUGGAGCAAAACCUGGAGCGAUUCUACAUCUUCAACCUCGAACAGCUACAGGACGUGUCGUCCCGUGCCAUUGCCGCUCAUGGCGACGACACGCGCGCCAUCGUCCAGUUCAUUGUCGACGAGCUGGCCGGCCAGGUCAGCCUGACCAGCUUUGUUAACCGCGACGAGGAAUGGGUAUUCAACAACGCCGGCGGUGCUAUGGGUGCCAUGUACAUCAUCCACGCUAGUGUCACCGAGUACCUAAUCAUCUUCGGCACUGCCGUCGGUACCGAAGGCCACACCGGCCGUCACACCGCCGACGACUACUUCCACAUCCUUACCGGAACCCAGACCGCCUACGUCCCCGGGGAGUACGAGCCCGAGGUUUACCCUCCCGGUUCCAUCCACCACCUUCGCCGUGGCACCGUCAAGCAGUACAAGAUGCCCGAGAGCUGCUUCGCGCUCGAGUAUGCUCGCGGGUGGAUCCCUCCCAUGCUGUUCUUUGGCUUCGCCGAUGGGUUGUCGAGCACCCUGGACGUGCCGACUCUGUGGCGCACCACCUGGAUUACGGGCAAGCAGAUGAUCGGAAACCUGGCGCGGGGGAAGUUUUAA